CAUGGGGUCAUCUGUGUCCAAGGCUGCCCUUGAAGCAACCACGGAUGAGCUUAUGGAACCAGACCUGAAACACCUGGCAGAGCUAAUUCACUACAUAAAUGAAACAAAUAUGAGUGUUAAACACCUGGCGGAUGUUCUUUCUGAGAAAACUAGGAGCAGCAGCUGGGUGGUUGUGUUCAAAGCCCUGGUUACUGUGCAUCACCUUACAGUGCAUGGAAAUGAGCGUUUUAUCCGACAUCUUGCAUCUAGAAACUCUUUGUUCACUUUACACAACUUCCUGGAUAACAGUGUCAUAGAAGGCUAUGCUAUGUCAACCUUCAUCAGACGAUAUAGCAGGUACUUGAAUGAAAAGUCACUCGCGUAUAGACUGAUUGCAUCUGACAUCACCAAAAUCAAGAGAGGGAUGGAUGGUAUGAUGAGAACUAUGAAUACUAAAGACCUGCUAAACACACUUCCAGUUAUUCAAAUUCAGUUUGAUGCUCUUCUUAAUUUUAAUGCAAAUGCAAACGAACUAACUAAUGGUAUAAUACAUGCUGCUUUCAUGCUCCUCUUUAAGGAUUCUCUUCGCCUCUUUGCAGCUUAUAAUGAGGGAAUCCUUAAUCUGCUAGAUUCAAAAUAG